CUCCAUCUUCUGCAUGUGGUUCACGUCCUUCGUUUUACUAACCACCAUGACAGGAAAACCAGGGGAUGUCUGGGAGAAACCCCCACCUGCCUCGCCCUCUCCUUCUUCACGGGUGCUUCCACCCCUCUUCCCCCAGGUGGUGAAGUGGUCAAAAUAGCCUAGCUGGCUUCCAUUGCAGGGACACCAGGUCGGAUCACGCAGCCGGAGACGCCGGUGACGCUGCAGUUCCAGGGGAACAAAUUCACUCUGUCUCACAGCCAACUCCGCCAGCUGACCGCAGGACAGCCUUUACAACUGCAAGGCAGUGUCCUGCAAAUCGUUUCGGCUCCAGGACCCCAAUAUCUCCGACCUCAGGGCCCUGUGGUGGUGCAGACGGUGCCCCAGGCUGGGACUGUCCAAAAUGCUCUCAACCCACUAGGGAACCAGCAUCCGGCGGGAUUGCAGACUUCGGCAGGAGCUCAGCCAGGAAGAACCAUGGGUGCUAAUUUAGCAUCAGGCGACUCUGCUUCUUCCCUGAAGUCCAGCAUUCAUGGUGGUUACUCACAGGAGUCCUUCGAGGAGAAAAACAGGCUUCUUAAAGAGCGCUUGGACCGGAUCUUUUCUUGCAAUGAACGGCGUUGCUCUCGAGCUCCCGUCUACGGCAAGGACCUUCGUAGGAUUUGCUCCCUGGCGGGCAACCCCAACACAACGCCUCAGUUCUCCGCCAGAACCAGCAAAUGGAGCUGGGCUGGCUUUGUAAACUGCGGCCUCUCCAAAGAUCAUCGAGACCCUCUCAGAGGGUUGACCUGGCAGCUCGAACAGCAGCAGCAGUCCUUGAGGGACACCAUCAACAGGGCGCUCUGCGUGUUGCCUGCCGCUGUGGCCGCUCCUUCGUCUUUGCACGUGGCGAGGCUUCCCGCUGCUUACAGCCAUCGAAUGAAACUCCUCCGGCACAACCUGAAGGAGAAGGUGUUGCCUUACCUGAACCAGCUGCGUCAGCUGACCGUGCCCCGGCUGCUGCUUCCCUUUCCUGACCUCCGUCUGAUCCAGUACGAUGCAGGGAAGCUGGAAGCCCUGGCGGUCUUGCUGCAGAAGCUUAAGUCGGAAGGCCGAAGGGUGCUGAUCUUGUCCCAGAUGAUGCUCAUGUUGGACAUCUUGGAAUGGUUCCUCAACUUCCACUUCCUCACCUACGUGAGGAUCGAUGAGUGUGCGAACCAGGAAGAGCGCCAGGAGCUGAUGAAAACCUUCAACCGAGACAAGCGGCUCUUCUGCGCCAUCCUCUCCUCCCACAGCCGCUCCACGGGCGUCAACCUCGUGGAAGCUGACACUGUGGUCUUCUACGACAACGACUUAAACCCGGUGAUGGAAGCCAAAGCUCAGGAGUGGUGCGAUCGGAUUGGCCGGUGCAAGGACAUCCACAUUUACAGGCUAGUCAGUGGGAACUCGGUCGAAGAGAAACUCUUAAAAAACGGGACUAAGGAUCUGAUCCGAGAAGUAGCCGCUCAGGGAAAUGACUACUCCAUGGCCUUUUUAACGCAGCAAACCAUUCAGGAACUGUUUGAAGUCCACUCACCAAUGGAGGAUUCGGGCUUCCGGGUGAAAGCCGAAGAAUUCGUCAUGCUGUCGCAAGAGCCGUCUCCCUCCGAAACCAUCUCUCCCAAAGUGGCCAGGCCUUUCAUAGAGGCUCUGAAAAGUACCGAACGAGAGGAAGAGGAGAAGGAGGACCAAGAGGAGAUGGAAGAGGAUGAGGAGAAUGAGGAGUGGAACGUUCUGGAUGGAAAGAGCGAGUCGGCGUGGAAACCUCUGGUUUCAGAACUCGGAAAGGCACAAUAUCUCGAGCAGCCUUCACUGCUGCAGGAGCUGGUGGCCGUGGUCGAUCAGGUGCGCUGGGUUUCCCUCUGCAUUUCCAAUUCUGAUCUGAGAAAUGAUGUUCUUUUGCUGUCCAUGCGUGUGGUUUUUAAUUA